UGCUCCGUUUCGGCAGAGCCGAGAAAAGAAAAGGCUUAAGCUGCGGGCUUCGGAGUGAUAGCCCACAAAGGGAGCGCUCGGCAGACAAUGCUGUCAGCCCCAGAAUGAAGCUGCCUUGGAUGGUUGCAUGGACGCCUUCCCUCCUCCUCCUUUCCUGCCUCCAGAUCUCGGGUGCUACUGCUUCUGUGGAGAUGCUCUCAACCAUAUCAGUGCCUGAGCUGCCUGGCCCUUCCUCUCCCAAUAAGAUACAGCUAUCUAGUCCCAAAAAUGUCAGCUUUAAAGCCAUCCUUUUCUCCCACAUCCUCCAAUGGGAACCAGGCCAGAAUCAGAACGAUAACAUCUCCUAUGAAGUGCAGUACAUGAGGUAUGGGGACUCCUGGUAUCCUGUUCCCAACUGCACCAGGACACCACAUCUUUUCUGUGAUUUGACCCUGCCAACCCUGGACCUUGAAGACAAGAGCUACUAUGCCCAAGUAAGGGCUAUUGCUGGUGAUCAAAAGUCUAACUGGAGCAGAACCAGUACUCGGUUCUCUAAAGAUGACGUAAUUCUUAAGAUAAAAGAUCUGGAGCUAUGGUCUAGUGGCAGCACUAUCCUGGGGAAAAUCAUUCCUGUGAGGCCCCCAAGAUCCACUGAAAACAUUUCUUAUGAAAAUCUCUUCAAACACUUCCGGGCAUAUAAUCUUUCCAUCACCAGGAUAUUAGAAAAUAACAAGACCUUUGAAAUAAACCAGCUUAUAGAGAAGGAAGAAUUUAACAGGUCAUUCCCAGAAGGAGGAGUGUUCUGCAUCAAGGUGAAACCUGUCGUCAGAUCCCAGAAUAAUAAAGGAUUAUGGUCAGAGAAGAAGUGCAUCACUAUAACUAAGACAUAUCUCAUAGUGACUACCACCAGUAUCAUCUUUGCCUCACUUCUGAUGGUCUGCCUUGCUGUUACCUAUCUGAGUAUUCGAUUCUACAUAAGAAAACCCAAGAAGCCGCCUGAAGUUCUGGCCUCCCUUGCCAACCAAAAAUAUUCUGGCAUCCUGAGCAAAGAACAUUUCAAAGUGAACCAGGAUGUCAUCCACCCCCUCGAUGAGGCAGCCUUUCCCAAGGUAUCCCCGGACCUGAAGAACUCCGAACUCCAUAGCAGCACUGACAGUGGCUUCAGCAGCACCAAACAGUCCCUGCAGAGUGAGGAUGCUCAGUUCCUCCUCCCAGGCCUAGACCCCACGGCAGGGGGAACCCAGAGGGAAAAAGGGUCCCAACAGCCAACGGGCAGCCUCAGCACCAGCACCAUCAGUGCCGACAGUGGUAUUUACUUGCAUACGCUGAGUUCACAGUCUGGGCAGAAAUGGAGGCGGCAGCCAGGAAGUAGGGACCGAGAGGACAGCGGUGACCCACCCCAGAAUUCCACAGCAACCCCACUGGGCUCCUCUCAAUGCCUCCAAUACAAGAGAGGCUCCACAAUUCUGGAAGACAGCAGUCCUCCUCCCAAGCUGUCUGAGGAAGAGGCUGCUGUCAGUGUAGUCUUCCAAGGCUACCUUCAGCAGUCCAAGCGCACAGGUGAAAGCCAGGAGGGGGCCAGUGAUCUGGGGAAGGGCUCUUCCCCUACAGGCAGUCCAGGAUACAAAUGUAGCACCCACAGGGUUGUGGAGUCAGACUGGCCCCCACUGGCGCAGACCAAGGCCUAUCUAAAGCAGAGCUCACCAGGCCAGAGCCUUGUGGUCCCAGAGGCUUUACCUGGCCAGUGGUCCGAGGCAACAGAGAAGUGGAGCCUCCUGAGUUUGAUCAGCACUGACAAUCUGGCAACAUGUGAAUGGAGCAACACACUGGACCUUUCUCUAGCUCCCACUUCUUCAGGGAUAUUGAAUUCAGGCCCAAUAACUUUACCUUUGAUCUCCAGUUUACAUAUCAAUGAGUGAUCUGGGCUGCUCUGGAAAGCUAAGAAAGUCUUACUCAACUCCAAACACUAUAGUUGAUGUUAGACCAGAAUGGAGAGGCCCAAGGGUUCCAUGCUGGGGGCAGCAAAAUAUAAGCUCAGUCUUCUGCACAAUCAGAAACUACCUCAUCUGCCUUAAAGAAGCCUGGACCAUGAUAAGCCCCGACAGAUGGAGACGCUUGGCUAUGCAUGGUCUAGGAGGGUGACAAGAAUAUAACACAUUAACUGACAUAUCUCUGUGGCUACUGUCAGGACACAUGUUAGAACCAGGGAUCUUAAGGACCUAGCAAGUACUGAGGGAGUUAGGCAAGGAUGGCUUCUUCUCCCAUCAAAACCCUCUUUAAAAAUGACUACUAGGUCAUAUAAAACAAGGAGUUUGGGAACCUCUAUAGUAAAGUGUCUCACCAAAGUCACCAUGAACUUGGAUCUGAGGGGAAGCAAGAAUAACAAUGAAUAUGGACCAUAUUGCAUUGGGAGUAUGACUUAAGAACAAGAGUUUAUUUCCUCAAAUGUUUAGCUUGGGGAGAAGAGGGACAGUUUCUAUAGGACAAAGAGGGUGGAAGCUAAUUUUUUAUCUCAGGGACAGUCAGUGCUCAUAACUGGGAGGAAAAGACCAAUAGGGCUUGAAGAAAAACCUAAAAGAUCUCUCUCUGACCUCUUUUUUUUAUCUGAUCCUUUCAAACUAUUGAAACUUAGAAAAAUGAGGGAAUCAACAUGAGUCUUACUUAUUAUCUAUGUUGACUAACAUGAUAUAUAACUUCUAUCAUUCUCAAUUUUCUCAUGUGUAAACAAGGAAUAAUAAUGCCUAUAGUACUCUCCUCACAAAGUCAACAUGAGCUUGAAAUAAGAUAAUGUGUGCAAUGCAUUUUGCAAAUUUUAAAGUGUUUUGUAAAUAUUGGCUAUUAUUGUUGUUUUUAAUAUUAAUAAGUAUUUAUAGAGGUCUCAUUCCCAUUCAAUUUGAACAUUUAUUAAAUAACUAACAUGUAUAGGGUACUAUGUUCUAUAUUAGGUAACUAUAAAGUUUAGAUAAGAUAUAGCCUCUAUUCUCAAUGGUUUUCCACUAUUAAGUAGCUAAGACAUAUAUUCAGGGUAUUCCAAAAGUUAAUUAGUGCAGUUUAAUAACAUUUGGGGACCUCCUGCAUAAUUGAGUAAUGUGGAAAAAUUGAGUUUUUCUUUAGAAGAUGGCAACAGGUUCAACAGGUUGAGAUCCCAGGGCAAACUGGGUCAUCUUUUGCAUCAUUUCCUACCUGGCUUUAAAUCACUGAAUGGGUGUUGUCUUAGAUAGACUCUGGAAAGAUCUUAGCUUGCUUAGUUUACCUACUCAAAAAAAUAAAAUAAAAUUGCUGAUGAUGCAGAUGCUCAAAGUAUGGAAGUCUAAAACCAAGUAGAGAGGGAAUGAGAAGCAGAAUUGAUUGAUGGGAGCAUCUUUGGGAAUUGUCUGUCUUUAAUGGGUCAAAAUUCUGGCCCUGGACAUCUGCUUCUGAAAUUGUUUAGGCAGGGGCAGAAAGCCAGAGCAAAACAUUCUAUUUAUACCAUAAGGUAGUACCAAACUUGGCCUUGGCAGAGUGGAUGACACUGUCAAGUAGCUCUGGUUUAAUCUUAGCCUGGGCUAAAACGGAGCUCUAAACCAUCCUUUGUACUCUUCAGAAUCAAUUUGUCACUAACCUGAAAGUUGCCAGGCCAGAAGUAAGUCAGAUCUGAGGAAAGCCAGUGUCCUUCAUCCAGAGACCAGACCUAACUCUUUCUAUGUCUUAACAGAUUUUGUAUAUGUCAUAGACAGAUGGCAGUCUGGUGAAAUUGAGAAUAAUGCUUUUAAAUGCAUAAAAUAAAACAUGUGGGAUUAAAGAAAAAACCAGUAAGAUUGAAACACA